AAUCUUUAUACAUUGACAGAUCUGUGUCUGCUGAUGAUAGUGAACUCAAUGUUGAAUCAUUGAUUAAGAACUUGAAGAACAUGAUAAUGAAGAAAUUACUUAUAUUAUAUGUGACUGAGUCUUCUGUAUUUCUUUCUGUUCUCUCUGUUUCUUUCUCUGCUGCUCUCUCUCAAUCUUCUACACCUGUUCCUGUGUCUGAUUCUUCUGCUCCUGCUACUCCUGUUCCUGCGAUCUCUGGUUUUACUGCCUCUGCCUUCAUUAUCAGCUCUCUCUGUUUCAAGGAGAUAUUGCAUAGACUUAAUAAACCAUGUCUCUCAAGAAUCACUUCUCUUCUCAAUAGUAUUGAGAUU